AUGGUGAUGAUGGCUUCACCCAAUUUAGCCUCCAAAUGCUCGACAGCAAUGGCGAAGCCUUCCCUCCCCCUGAAGCUGUUUCUCUGGGUGUUUAUUGUCGUUAAUCUCCCUACAAGCUCCUUCCAGACUGAUGACGAUGAUGAGGUGUCUAACAAGACGUGGGUGCUGACUCCCAAAGUGUACGAGAGUGACGUCACACACAUCCUAAACAGCCUACUAGAUGGAUAUGACAACAAACUCAGACCUGAUAUCGGAGUCAAACCGACAGUGAUUCACACAGACAUGUUUGUCAACAGCAUCGGCCCAGUAAAUGCCAUCAAUAUGGAAUACACCAUCGACAUCUUUUUCGCCCAGACCUGGUAUGAUAGGAGGUUAAAAUUCAACAGCACGAUGAAAGUCCUGCGUCUCAACAGCAACAUGGUUGGGAAAAUCUGGAUCCCUGAUACUUUUUUCCGCAACUCGAAGAAGGCAGACGCUCACUGGAUCACCACACCCAAUCGCAUGCUUCGAAUCUGGAAUGAUGGUCGAAUUCUCUACACCCUCAGGUUGACCAUUGAUGCCGAGUGCCAGCUUAAACUGAACAACUUCCCAAUGGAUGAGCACUCAUGUCCCCUGGAGUUUUCAAGCUAUGGCUACCCCAGGGAGGAGAUUGUGUACAAGUGGAAAAGGAGCUCAGUGGAGGUUGGGGACAUUCGCUCCUGGAGGCUCUACCAGUUCUCCUUUGUGGGCCUGAGGAACACCUCUGAGAUCGUCAGGACUGUCUCAGGAGACUAUGUGGUGCUGACCGUCUUCUUUGACCUGAGCAGGAGAAUGGGCUACUUCACCAUCCAGACCUACAUCCCAUGCACUCUAAUUGUUGUCCUCUCCUGGGUCUCAUUCUGGAUCAACAAGGAUGCGGUACCUGCCAGGACAUCAUUAGGCAUCACCACUGUGCUAACCAUGACCACACUGAGUACUAUUGCCAGGAAGUCCCUACCAAAAGUUUCCUACGUGACCGCCAUGGACCUGUUUGUGUCUGUCUGCUUCAUCUUCGUCUUCGCCGCACUUAUAGAGUAUGGCACGCUGCACUACUUUGUUAGCAACAGGAAGCCGAGCGCCAAAAAGGACAAGAAGAAGAAGAACCCGCUCCUCCGGCUCUUUUCCUCAAAGCAGACACCCACGGUAGACAUCCGUCCACGCUCAGCCACUGCCAUUCAAAUGAACAACGCCACACACAUGCAGGAGCGAGACGAGGAGUACGGCUAUGAGUGUCUGGACGGGAAGGACUGCACCAGUUUCUUCUGCUGUUUCGAAGACUGCCGCUCCGGAGCCUGGCGGCACGGCAGGUUGCACAUCCGCAUUGCCAAGAUAGACUCGUACGCUCGCAUCUUCUUCCCCACUGCAUUUGGUCUCUUCAACCUGGUCUACUGGGUCUCCUAUCUCUAUCUCUAG